GGGAGGAGCCAUGAGACUCGGUGGCCCGAUGGUGACUUCGGGCGCCCGGGCGCCCCGUCAGCGGACACGUGCGGGCGGGGACGAGCGGCGGACCUCGGAGCGCGGCCGGGCUGCAGCGGUGCGGUCGCAGCCGCGCGGGGACAGGAGGCGGCGCGGGCGGAGGGCGGGGAGGCUGCGGCGACCCCGGGGACCGCCCGUGCGCAGGCGACAGCGGACUCGGGGAGGGCCGCCUGCACCGGGGCUGCGGCGCGACGGGAGGACGCGGAGGACCGGCUGGAGCGCGGCCCGGCGACCCCGAGGGCAGCCGCGGGCGCGAACAGAAACGCCGCGGCCGGUCGGUGCUGCGCCCGGGAAGAGUGACCCGACGUGGCGGCAGGUGCGGCCGGAGGCGGGGCGAGGCCGGAGCCAGCGCGGCGGGGUCGCACCGGAGGCGCCCGGGAUCCCGGCCACGGGGACGGACACCGCGAGGGCCGCGGCCGGGACGAAGGACCCGCAGGACGGCGCAUCGCGAGCGGGAGGGACGCAGCCCGGUGCUCUCGGGGCGCCUGGCGGAGGCCGGGACGCCGGACGGGGACCCGGAGCCCACCACGAUGGUCAUAAAGUCAGAAUAAACGCUCCCGGGCCUUCGGGGCGCGCGUGCUCGGGCCUCGCACGUCUCAGUUCUCUAACCCGCAGGACGACCCGGUCCUCACGCUCGCUCUCGCCUCCUUCCCCGACGACGCUGGGACUCGGAGCGUCACUAACGCCGCGUCCUGGGAGCGUGGCUGGGCUUGUGAAACGGCCCCUGCCCCAAGUCCCCUGCAGAGCUCCCAGCGGCUUCUCGGCUCUGAAAUAGCCCAGAAUACGGGCGCCUGGGUGGCUCAGUGGGUUCAGCCUCUGCCUUCG